ACGUCAAAUGUCAAUUAAGCCCUCAAAAAGUAAAAACAUUGGCGCGUUUUCAUUUUUUAUUUCCCAAAUUAUAACCUGCUCACGGUCGAUAAAUGAUAAAAAAAUGUGCUAGUGAAAAUGAAAAUGGAGGAUUUAGAACUGAACCCCAAUGUAAUUGUAGUUCGCGCUAAACCAGAAGGUCAAAGGAAAACAUUCAAACCAAAUGUUCGUUCAAUAAAUAAAAUUCCCGACGAUUUGCUGAACGAUCCUCUAAUUAAUAGAGCGUGUGAAGUCUUACCACAAAAUUACAAUUUUGAAAUACACAAAACGAUAUGGAGGAUUCGAUCUUUGGGGUCAAAACGGGUGGCUCUACAACUGCCAGAAGGUUUAACAAUGUUUGCAACUACACUCUGCGAUAUAAUAGAGACGUUCACUGAAGCAGACACGGUUAUAAUGGGCGAUGUUACUUAUGGAGCGUGCUGCAUAGACGACUUCACUGCAAUUGCACUGGGUGUUGAUUUGCUAGUGCAUUAUGGACAUUCUUGCCUCAUACCCAUAGACCAAACCAGCAAUAUUAAGGUGCUGUAUAUAUUUGUCGAUAUCAAAAUUGAUCCCUCACACUUCAUAGAUACAAUCAAACUUAACUUCCCCCAGAAAACACACCUCGCUAUAGUUAGUACAAUACAGUUUGUCACAACUCUACAUUCUGUUGCAAAAGUGCUUAGGAUGGAAGAAUACAUAGUUACAGUUCCACAAUCAAAACCAUUGUCACCAGGCGAAAUACUGGGAUGUACUGCGCCCAAACUGUCGUCUGACUUUAUAAUCUACCUCGGUGACGGAAGAUUUCAUUUAGAAGCUAUAAUGAUAGCAAAUCCAAGUAUACCUGCUUAUAAAUAUGAUCCAUAUGAGAAGAAGUUCACAUCAGAGCAAUAUGAACACAAAGUCAUGCAAAAUAACAGGAACAAUCAAAUUAAAAUGGCAGAGAAUGCCCAAAAGUUUGGUUUAAUUCUUGGUACAUUAGGAAGACAAGGAAGUACAAAAGUUUUAGCCAAUCUCGAAAAGCAAAUACAGAACUCUGAAAAGAAAUACAUAAAAAUAUUGCUAUCAGAAAUCUUUCCCAGCAAAUUAGCACUAUUCAAGUUGGAUGCGUUUGUCCAGGUUGCGUGUCCUAGACUGUCAAUUGACUGGGGCACAGCAUUCCAGAAACCAUUGCUCACGCCAUAUGAGUUGUCAGUGUCUCUUGGGAAUAGUAAAUGGUUGAAAGAUGAUGGGACAUAUCCUAUGGAUUUCUAUUCGAAUGACAGCUUAGGGCCGUGGACACCCAAUUAUAAGCCAGUAUUGUGUUCAGGUACAGACAAAAAGUGUGAAAAUUGUUGUGGCGGCAAGGAAAAAGAGAAAUGACUCACUGGGGCACCCUGUGAGGACACAGCGGCUGCUUCUCUAGCUUGAGCAAACACUCGGGAAUCCAUGAAUUUAGAUGGGAAGGUCUCAGCAAAGUUCUGAAUGGGCACAUUUUUGGUGUCGUUCCUGAAACAAAUAAUAUUUACAAUAUGGUGGACUGGGUCAUCAUUUCUAACACACUUUAUUUUUUUUUACCAAUUUUGACAUAUUAUACAGCUAUGAGGUAUGGCUAUACCUAAAACCAAUAUAGAAAUACUUGAAAGGUUUCAGAGAAAGACUCUAGUUGUGUUAUAUAUUCCAUUCUGCGGCCAAUAAAUAUUACUUAUCAACAUACCUGUGCAAGAGUGCAACAGAAUAACAAUAGUUGAAUAAUUGUGGGUUGAGAUUCACUCGGGCAAACACACAUGUUGACAGGAAAUCUUGUAGUUGGUUUUCAGGUACAGCUGUAAAGAAAAAUUGUUACGACAAUGCUAUAAUUUAUUAUAAACUAGCAAAUCCGGUCAAGCUUUGCUUUGACUUAUGUGCGCUUAUUCCCUACCCCUAGCCCUACCCCUACCCUUCCCUACUCCCACCUUACUCCUACCCUAAAUAAAAAAAUUGUAAAAACCAUCAAUACUUUCAUUUUUAAAUAUGUAUAUAGAUUGUAUUAUUACUUAUUAAGUAGACAAUUUAUAAAUAUUAUAUUUUAUUUAUGA